GGCGGCGGGCGCCGCACUCGCUGAGGCCCGACGCAGGGCCGGGCCGGGCCCAGGCCGAGCGCAGCGGCCGCACGCGCCGACGGGAGGAUCGCGACCAGCAGGUGGAGUGCAGCCUCUGCAGGACGGACACCCUUGAGGACAGCCAUCGCCUGGCCCUGCUACCCUGUGCCUUGGACGGCUGUUCUCAGUGAAGGACCGUGCGCCCGCCCCUGAGCAGCGACCAUGGGCCUGCUUGCCUACCUGAAGACCCAGUUCGUGGUGCACCUGCUCAUUGGCUUCGUCUUUGUGGUGAGCGGGUUGGUUAUCAACUUCACCCAGCUGUGCACACUGGCCCUCUGGCCCAUCAGCAAGCAGCUAUACCGCCGCAUCAACUGCCGCCUGGCCUAUUCCCUCUGGAGCCAGCUGGUCAUGCUCCUGGAGUGGUGGUCCUGCACGGAGUGCACUCUCUUCACCGACCAGGCCACCGUGGACCACUUUGGGAAGGAGCACGCAGUUGUCAUCCUUAACCACAACUUCGAGAUUGACUUCCUUUGUGGGUGGACCAUGUGUGAGCGGUUUGGCAUGCUAGGGAGCUCCAAGGUGCUGGCUAAGAGGGAGCUGCUGUGCGUGCCUCUCAUCGGCUGGACAUGGUACUUCCUGGAGAUCGUAUUCUGCAAAAGGAAGUGGGAGGAAGACCGAGACAUUGUCAAAGAGGGGCUGAAGCGCUUGGCGGACUACCCAGAGUACAUGUGGUUUCUCCUGUACUGUGAAGGAACGCGCUUCACGGAGAAAAAGCACCGCGUCAGCAUGGAGGUGGCCACCGCCAAGGGGCUGCCCCCACUCAAGUACCACCUCCUGCCCCGGACCAAGGGUUUCACCACUGCAGUCCAGUGCCUCCGUGGGACAGUUGCAGCUAUCUACGAUGUGACCCUGAACUUCAGAGGGAGUAAGACCCCGUCCCUGCUGGGAAUCCUCUAUGGAAAGAAAUAUGAGGCAGACAUGUGUGUGAGGAGGUUCCCCCUGGAAGACAUCCCGGCAGAUGAGAACGACGCAGCCCAGUGGCUUCACAAGCUGUACCAGGAGAAGGAUGCCCUGCAAGAGAUGUACAAGCAGAAGGGCCUGUUCCCAGGGGAGCAGAUCAAGCCUGCCCGAAGGCCGUGGACCCUCCUGAACUUCCUGUGCUGGGCCACCAUCCUCCUCUCGCCCCUCUUCAGCUUCGUCCUGGGCGUCUUUGCCAGUGGAUCCCCGCUCCUCAUCCUGACGUUCUUGGGGUUUGUGGGAGCAGCUUCCUUCGGAGUCCGAAGACUGAUAGGAGUAACUGAGAUAGAAAAAGGCUCCAGCUACGGCAACCAAGAGCUUAAGAAAAAGGAGUAAUUAAUGCUGUGAUUGAUUGAACACCCAUAACCUGACGCGGUAUCCAAUUAACUCAAUUAAAAACAGAACACACAAGAGCGAGGGAAAGAGA